GGAGUUUGCAUCGUUUGCAAAUUAAAACUGAAACCUCCCCCCCCCCCCCUUCUAUAAUUGUACUUCCCCUUCUCUCGUUGUGGUGGCGGUGAGUGGUUUGGCUAGCCCUUUAUAAGGCAAGGGAUAGUCAAACGAAGACCGUCAGUCGUGCCACAGCCAGCACAGCUAAGAGAACCCGGCAGUACCUGUCAAAACAAACUUUUUGUUUCCUUAGCGUUCAGACUAACCAGACGAUAAAGACCAGGAUGGCGAUCAAGAUGGCAGUUUGCACGUUGGUCAGUUUGUUCUUGAUUAUUGAAACCUGCUGGGCUUUCCCCAACGGUGGACCCAUCGACGCUUGCGUCAAGGCUCAACCCAAUCGACCGAAUCACGGAGGAACUGAGCCGCAAUCUCCAAGCACCAAUCCUUUCAUCGUUGAAGCUUCCAGUGAUUACUACAGACCAGGCGACAAAAUCACAGUGACCAUCCACGGGCCCAAGUCCGCUUUCAAGGGAUUCUUCUUCCAGGGCCGCGACCCUAAGACCCAGGAAUGGAUCGGUGUUUUCGAGAAGAACCCCGACGUCAAGUCGUACUCCGAGUGCUCGGCUGCCACUCACACAGACAAUGACCCCAAGGAGACGGUUACUCUCUUGUGGCACGCACCUGACGCCGUUGGUCAAGUCUACUUCAUUGGAACCGUCUUACAAAACUACAAGACAUUCUGGUCGGACAUCGUCGCCCGCGUUCCCCAAUAAAAAUAAAGUUUAGAUAAAAACCUGUUUCGUCCUGGUUUUCUCUCUCUCAGCUCCAAAAAAAUCUCUCACUUUCUCCUCUCAAUAAUCCAAACAGACAAGGACAAACUCGCCCCUUUCUCUAGCGCCUUCUCCUAAAAAAAAAAAAAACUUUCAUCUUUCACAUGAUGUUGGAAACAGUCUGAAAGUCAUUCUCACUCCAGUGAAACUCAAAAAGGCUGACACAGCUGUUCCCUUCCACUCUCCCUUUUUUUAAAAAUAUUAAUUCCUUCUAUUUUUCUCGGACCGGAAGCAGAGCUUCUUCACAUUACAGCGCCCCAUCUGGAUGCAGAUGUUUAAAUGAAUUAUAACUAUCAGAGUAUUUACUUCUUUUUCCUGUUUGGCGAUUUCAUUCUUCCGUUAAAGCAGGUGAUGCUCACAAAAAAAAAAUUGCACCCGUAGAAAAGACGUUUUCAAUUUUUGGAUUUCACAGCGCACGAUGUGUAUUUGUAAUAACAAAAUGUUUAUAUAGAAACUCCACGAGAAGAAAAUUAAACAAUCCAAUAUAUGA